AUGCCAAAGUUAAUCUUAGUCAGACACGGACAAUCCGAAUGGAACGAAAAGAAUUUAUUCACUGGUUGGGUCGAUUGUCGUUUGUCAGAUGUCGGUGAAAAGGAAGCCAAGAGAGCCGGUGAAUUAAUCAAGGAAGCAGGGAUCAAGGCUGAUAUUCUUUACACCUCCAAGUUAUCCAGAGCUAUCCAAACUGCCAACAUUGCUCUUUCUGCUGCUGACCAAUUGUACAUCCCAGUCAAGAGAUCAUGGAGACUUAACGAAAGACACUACGGUGCCUUACAAGGUAAGGAUAAGGCUGAAACCUUGGAAACCUACGGUAAGGAGAAGUUCCAGAUCUGGAGAAGAUCUUUCGAUGUCCCACCUCCAACUAUCGAAGACGAUUCCAAGUUUUCUCAAGCUGGUGAUGAACGUUACAAUGACGUUGACCCAGCUGUCUUACCAAAGACCGAAUCCUUAAAGUUGGUCAUUGACAGAUUAUUACCAUACUGGCAAGAUGAAAUCGCCAAGGAUCUCUUGGACGACAAGGUUGUCUUGGUUGCCGCUCACGGUAACUCCUUGAGAGCUUUAGUUAAGCACUUGGACAAGAUCAGCGACGAAGAGAUUGCUGGUUUAAACAUCCCAACUGGUAUCCCAUUGGUCUACGAAUUGGACUCCAGUCUUCAACCAACCAAGCCAGCUUACUACUUGGACCCAGAAGCCGCUGCUGCUGGUGCCGCUGCCGUUGCUGCCCAAGGUGCAAAGAAAUAA